AUGGAAUCUUUUCGGAAAAGACUGCUUGCGACAACGAUCGAUGAGCAGGCUGAAACCAAACCCACUCAACGAUUUGCAGUUAUUUCACAGGGAUUGGACCUCAGCAAUGGGCUCCGAGACAUUUCAAUCAAAGACCUGGCACAGGCCGUGAACUUCAUGUGUUGGUGGAUUGAGAGCAUCAUUGGACCGGCACACUCUGACUCCCCAGAGACGGUGGCCUAUAUGGGGGGCAACGAUGUGCGCUAUCUCAUCUUCUUUCUUGCAUGCCAGAAGACUGGAUAUCAGGCCUUCUUGCCUUCUACCAGGAACUCAGACGAAGCGUAUGUUCAUCUACUGAGCGCGAUAAACUGCACAAAGUUCUUCUUCGGCGAGGAGCGUCAAGAACGAGUACUGGAGAUACAUGGACUUGUACCGAAAUUGGACAUCUUCCAGGCCCCGACCCUGAACACAAUCCUCAGCGACGAGAGUGGUCUACGCCACUACCCAUAUACCAAGUCCUAUGCCGAUGCAGAGGAUGACAUUGUUUGCAUCAUCCAUAGCUCUGGAACGACAGGCAUGCCCAAGCCGGUGUAUCUCACCAACGGCUUCAUCAUGACCUUUGAUUCUGUCACUUACCUUGAAAAGCCACCAGGUCGCCGGCCAAAUACAUUCCACGACCUGGAUCAAAGUCAGCUGCUGCUGGCCGCGGCACCUUUCUUCCAUCUGAUGGGACUAGUAACAUUCAUCUUCUCGGUGUGGAACGAAUGUCCCAUGUUCGUUGCCCCCGAUAAGCCACUCUCUGUCGACUAUAUGAUAGAGCUGCUGAGCACUGGCCACCCCACAGUCGCACUCCUGCCACCCUCGGUCCUGGAAGAUAUGAGCCAAUCCGAGAAAGCACUAGCUAGUUUGAAAGAAGUCAAAAAAGUGUAUUUCGCCGGCGCGCCUCUGCCCCUAGAGAUCGGCGAGAAAUUGCGCAAGUAUACGGAGAUCAUAACGGUAAUUGGAAGCAGUGAGGCCGGCGUGAUCCCAGGGCUAAUACCGGAGGACAAAACCAACUGGGGCUACUUCGAAUGGAAUGAAGACUACGGAGUGGAAAUGCAAGACACCGGCGGCGGCGUGUUCGAGUUGGUGAUUCCUCGGAAGAAGGAUUCUCGCGACUGGAAGGCCGUUUUCCACACAUAUCCCGAGCUCGAUGCGUAUCCAACCAACGAUCUCUUCACCCAACACCCAACGGACCCACGUCUGUGGAAGUUCUGCGGGCGCAAGGACGAUGUGAUUGUCCUCAGCAAUGGCGAAAAGUUUAAUCCUAUCGGGAUGGAGGGUAUCAUCGAGGGACACCCGCUGGUUCGGAAGGCGGUGGUAGUCGGCCAGUCCCGGUUCCAGGCCGGACUGCUCGUCGAUCCGAGUCCUGCGGGAUGGGAUAUGGACCCGAAGGUCUUUAUUGAGGAGAUCUGGCCGGUAGUACAGGCGGCUAACCAGACCAUCGCGGCUCAUGGCCGGGUAAUGAAGAACAAGAUCAGGCUCGCUGUGAAGACAAAGCCAUUCCAGACGACUCCUAAGGGUAACGUGCGGCGCCGGAUGGUGCUUCAGGACUACGAGGAAGAGAUUGAUAUGAUAUAUACCGAGGACCUCGUGGAUGACUUGGACCAGUCUCUACCGCAGACGUUAGACCAUGAGAGUCUUACGGAGUAUAUCCGCCAGGUUAUUACCCGUGUCCUGGAGAAACCCGAGAUCGCAGAUGAUCAGGACUUUUACGCUGCCGGUCUUGAUUCUCUAAUGACCAUUCAUGCCUCUCGGAUACUGCAAAAGGGCAUUCAGCUACGUCGGCCGGAUGUAGAAGCAGGAGCCAUCAACGCCCAGACGAUCUAUGGCAACCCCACAGUCGACCGAUUGUCUCAAUCCGUGAUGGACAUCUUAGAUGGAAGAGCCCAAGCUGAUAUCCCGCGAGCAGAGAAGAUCAAGAGUCUGCUGGAGAAGUAUACGUCUGAUCUUCCAGUGCGGGAAGUCUACCGCGAGAAUGGAUUGCCCUCGCCUUCGACUGUGAUUCUGACCGGUUCAACUGGCUCACUGGGUACUUAUCUCCUGCAUGAUCUACUAAACAGCGAUUCCAUCACCAAGAUCUACUGCCUCAAUCGUUCGGAUGCCGAAGCACGACAGAAGAAAGGCUUCGAAGAAAAAGGCUUACACUUCGACGAAAACGACUGGAAAGACAAGGUCGAGUUCCUACAAGUCUCAUUCGGAGAACCACAAUUCGGCCUGGACGAGUCCAAGUACCAGGAACUUCUCGACUCGGUCGACACCAUCAUCCACAACGCCUGGAAAGUCGACUUCAACCACUCCGUCGAUUCGUUCGAGGGCACUCACAUCCGGGGUGUGCGGCGCUUUAUCGACUUCAGCUUGAACAGCCGCAACAACGCCCAUGUUCACUUCGUCUCCUCCAUCAGCACGGUAGGCGCUUGGACCCCCGACAAGGGAGAUCUGGUCCCAGAAGUACCGAUCGACGACAUUUCAGUCGUUCUCUCACAGGGCUACGGCGAGUCCAAGCACAUUGCCGAGCGCAUCUGUCUCGAGGCAUCGCAAAGAUCUCAAGUCCCCACGUCGGUACAUCGCGUCGGACAGAUCGCGGGACCGACUAGCGCGCGCGGACAGUGGAAUCGACAGGAAUGGCUGCCGACGAUCAUUGCGACGUCAAAAGCGAUGGGUAAAAUCCCCGACCAACUCGGCUCGGUCGCGGUCGAUUGGGUCCCAGUGGACACACUAUCCAAUAUUAUAGUGGAAAUUGUCAACACACGUCAUCGGGACUCCUCCGAAGCAAGAUCUGCCGUGUUUCAUCUCACCAAUCCCGAGCAGACAUCAUGGUCGACGUUGAUCCCGGCGGUCCAGAGCGAGUAUGCAGUCGAGCCAGUUGCGUUCUCGAGGUGGCUUGGCGAGCUGGAGAGUAUCACCAAUCCCAGCAGUGAGGAAGUUGCCUCCAAGCCGGCACUCAAGCUGCUGGGUUUCUACCGGGGGUUGGAAGGCGAGGGCAGUGCCUUGUCUGUACCGCUGGAUGUCCAGCGGACGAAAGCGGCAAGUGCCAGCAUGAGAGCGCUGGGCGCGGUCUCUCCCUCGUUGAUGCGAAACUGGCUGCAGCAAUGGCAAUUCUGA